AUGUGCGCAGCCAUUAGGGCCGCAGGGCAAGCGGAAGGGAUCACUCUUCUCAAUUCUGGGCAGUUUUAUCUGGACUCUGAUCAAGGAGAUGAAUAUCCGAUCCAGGUCUCCGCAGCGCCAAUAAUGCGAGUUUCCAGCCAGUUCUUGCCUCCCAUAUAUAUUGUGGAUGGCAAUGCUCUUUUUUGGACCGUCACCGAGGUUGCUUGGCGUCGCUCAGCGGCUUCACACUUCACCAGAGGAGGUGUGGUGGUCGCUGUCGGAUAUCGUUUGAAGCAAGGCAGACUGUACGAUGCCCAGGGACGAAGUCUUGAUCUGACGCCGCCAAGCGCAACACCAAUCGAAUGUUAUGGUGGCGCAGAUCUCUUUCUGGACUCUAUGAAAGAGCGACGCUGGAGCGGACGUAGAGGCGAAUGCAAGGCCUGGAUUUUGCAAGCUCGUGACAUCUGCUGCGAGAACGACCCAGCUGUAAGAAAGUCCGCCAAAGCCGACUGGGUGGAAGACCUGCGACCACGGCACGGUUGGUUCAGUUCAUGCUCUCCAAACGUGCGAUUGACCAGCGACGGAACCAUCCGACCUGGAACAGCAACCAAGCUUGUGGUGAUCGGAACGCAUGCUGGUCGUUGUUGGGCUAUACCGCAGGCUAUGCGAAAAGUGAGCAUUGCAGCGUCGCAAACGUGGCGUGCAGUGCGUCGUUAG